AUGGCCAAUAAAUUAAAUCUCGCAAUUGACGCAGAACGUCACAUUUUUAUGCAAGUUAUAUGUCGUGUCGUGACUGUUGUACAAAUCCCACAAAAUAUAAAAAACUCGCCCCAACUCAAAGAAACCUGCCAACUCAAAACCACGGCAGCUCAAAGACACCAACUCAAAGACACAAGACACACUUCUCUUCCGGAUCUAUUCUCUCUACAGACACAAUGGGCAAUAUUCGAUGUUGUAGAGUGUGUAUAUCUUUCGAUCCAAUCGAGUUGUCUCAACGAUCAGCACUUAUUUUCAGAAACACAAAAGACAUUCAAUAAGUUGGAUAAAAAACAACGGAAAGCAUAUAACGAAUGCCUCUCAUGA